UCAGGGUGACGGUUGGUGUCCCCCCCCCCCCCUGAUCUAGAGUCGCACCAUGUCCCCCAUGCUGGGAUUGGUCGCUGUGCUGCUGCUGUUCUCCCCCCCGGGGGGGUCCGGGGUCCCCCUCUCCGCUCACACGCCCCCCAUAUCACUGGAAUACAGCUGGCAGAAUGUCACCUGCACCACCUGUAAGGCGCUCUUCACCGCCCUGGACAUCAGCCUGCAGCUGGAGAGUAACAUGGAUCUGGUGGCAUCGCUGGCGGUGAGGGUGUGCGACACUCUGCACCUGGCGGAGCCCAGCGUCUGCAAGCAGGCAGUGCAGCUCUUCAAGAAGGAAAUGAUCAUGUCCUGGGUCCUCUCGGUGUUGCGCCCCUCUGAGGUCUGCGGUCUGCUCCUGGGCACUGACUGCGGCCACUGGGAUAUAGGCUUGGACUGGAAUAUUACUCUGCCCGCUGUGCCCAAACCCCCCGUACAGCCUCCCAUCCCACCAGCUCCGGGGUCUCCAGUAUCUCGGGUUCUCUUCCUGACGGAUGUCCAUUGGGAUCACGGCUACUCCCCGGGGGGUCCGAUUACCUGCAAGGAACCCCUGUGCUGCAGGAACCACCCAUCAGGAGGACACGGGUCGGCUGGGUACUGGGGGGAAUACAGCAAGUGCGACCUUCCCCUGCACACCAUCGAGUCUCUUCUACGUCAUGUUUCCAGCAGUGGCCCCUAUGACCGGGUCUACCUGACAGGAGACAUUCCGGCCCACAACAUAUGGGAGCAGACCCGGGGGGAACAGCUGGAUGCCCUCAGAACCAUUACUGGGCUCAUCAAGAAAUACCUGGGCCCAGUGCCUGUCUAUUCUGCCGUGGGCAACCAUGAGAGUGCGCCUGUCAACAGCUUCCCUCCCCCCUCUGUGCAUGGAAACCUCUCCUCUAGCUGGCUGUACCAGGCCAUGGCCGAGGAGUGGAAGGAAUGGCUUUCCCCCGAAGCUCUGGAGACCCUCAGUACGGUUGGUUAUUACACAGUGAGGAUCGGUCCCAACCUGCGACUGGUGUCCCUGAACAUGAACUACUGUGCCAGCGAGAAUUUCUGGCUCCUCAUCAAUUUCACUGACCCCGCCGGGCAGCUGCAGUGGCUGGUGGGAAUUCUACAGGAGGCCGAGGACAACCAUGAAAAGGUUCAUAUUAUUGGACACAUCCCACCCGGCCUGUGCCUGAAGAGCUGGAGCUGGAACUAUUACCGGAUUGUCAACAGAUACGAGAGCACCAUUGCUGCCCAGUUCUUUGGACACACCCACCUGGAUGAGUUUGAGAUAUUUUACGAUGAAGAGACCCUCAGCCGCCCACUCUCUGUGGCCUACAUCGCACCCAGCGUCACCACCUUCAUUGACCUGAACCCAGGUUACCGUGUGUACCAGAUUGAUGGUGAAUACCCCAACAGCUCCCACGUUGUAUUAGACCACGAGACCUACAUCCUCAACCUGACCGAAGCCAACAAACAAAAGGAGGAGCCACGGUGGACUUUCUUGUACAGCGCCCUCAACACGUACGGGAUGAAGUCGGCCUACCCAUCGGACUGGGACAACCUGCUACAGAGAUUCCUACAGGAUGAAAAGCUUUUCCAGACCUUCUGGUUCCUCCAUCACAAGGGUCACGUGGAAGAGGUAUGUGAGCCAAUGUGUAAGAGGACGGUCAUCUGUAUCCUUCGUACUGGAAGGUCCAGUGAUCCCCAACUGUGCAAAGGUCUGGGACUUGACGGGAAACCCAACUGGAAGCGGAAAUCUCUUUGCUGAGGCUGCAACUUCAGAGGACCUUGUUGAUCUAUAGUCAUCUCCUGGAGGAGAUGUAACUCAUCUCAUGGAGGAAAGGUUAUAGACCUCCUGAAAAGCAUUAUAUAAAAGCUAAGAAGCAACGAGUAUUUAUAAAACUGUGGCGGUUCCUCGGGAAUGUCGACAUUGGAGAUGAACUUCAAUGAAGGCAACGUAGACCAGAUUGUUGGAGAACAUCCUAUCUCUCUGGGAAGUUCUGAGAAAGCAAUGGGUCAAAACGCGUGGAUUAUUCACACGUCAACGCCUUCCUGGUGACUUCUGCAUUCAGACACCUUCUGUGGUUCCAUCUACAAGCUCAGGGGUUUUCUAUUGAACUGACAAUAAAAAAAAAAAAAAAAAAAGGGUUA